UUUUCGUCUCUCUCUCUCUCCUUCCUGCUGAGGAUACGUUUUGCUUGCCAAGUUUGUAGUGACACCUCUCAGAUUCCCCCGCUCCCGGCUUUUUGGAUCUGUUACAGUGCCCGGUUGUAUAUAGACGUACUGUGGUUUUUGCCUUUUUUUUUUUUUUAAUUUUUACAAGAACAUGGGAAUUCUUUGGGAAGCUAAUGGAUGCUGAGGAGGACGAUCCUAAAAAAACAAACUCCUUUUAAUCUGUAAAUGAGGUGUACGAAGAAAUUCUUAAAUUCAGCCAUCAAUUUAGCUCCAUGUUAAGCACUUCGAAGUAUUUAUGAUUGCAGAGCAGGUGCAAACAAGGAUUAGGAAUAAGGACAUUGUGAUUUAUAUUGACCGGCUGUUCCGGAUUGUGUCAAUGGCUCUGGAAUGGUGGCAUUACUCUUUGGAUUGAAGCACAGGACAGGAUAUAGACCUGCGGCUAACUGGAUUUGAUUUAUAAGAGGGGAUUCUGCAGUAAAUGGCUGCUCUCUUCAUAUUGCUGCUAUGGAAAACAGAAUUGUCAAUAGGAUGUAGUCUGAUAAAUAGUGCUGAGUGAAGAUGCAGCUUCAAUAAGUGUGAAAUCAAUGGAAGAUACUUACCGCGUGAAAAGCCUUUUGAGAUUUUUCUGACAGGCGUCUAUUUAGGAAACUUGAUCUGUUUCCUCCGGUCGCCCUGUUUUUACACCAGUGGAUACAAAUCAGAUUGCUUCACUGUAGUUACACAACUAAUGUGGGACCAUGGCCUUCCCAAGAUCCAUGUGGCUGGACUGUGUAUGGAGAGCGACGGCGCUCCGCCUGCUGCACACGGGAUUGAACGCCACUUUCGCUUUUUCCAUACUUGGAUUUUUGCUCCACGCCGCAGCUGUGUCCUCCCAAAAAUUGGAUGAUACCAACCCAGUGGUGACCACCAACUUUGGCAAGAUAAGGGGGAUUAAGAAGGAACUUAACAAUGAAAUUUUGGGGCCCGUUAUCCAGUUUCUCGGGGUUCCAUACGCUGCCCCUCCAACAGGGGAGCGCCGCUUUCAACCUCCUGAGCCUCCAUCUCCCUGGGCAGACAUCAAAAACACCACCCAGUUUGCUCCAGUGUGUCCCCAGAACAUUAUAGAGGGCAGGUUGCCUGAAGUCAUGCUUCCCGUGUGGUUUACUAAUAACUUGGAUGUAGUUUCAACCUAUGUGCAAGAUCAGAACGAAGACUGCCUCUAUUUAAAUAUCUAUGUCCCAACCGAGGAUGGUCCCCUUACAAAGAAACAGACAGAUGAUUUAGGUGAUAAUGACGGUGCUGAAGAUGAAGACAUUCGGGACAGUGGGGGACCUAAGCCUGUCAUGGUGUAUAUUCACGGAGGGUCCUACAUGGAAGGCACUGGAAAUUUAUAUGAUGGCAGUGUUCUAGCAAGUUAUGGGAAUGUGAUAGUCAUCACAGUCAACUAUCGCCUUGGGGUGCUUGGAUUUCUGAGCACUGGGGACCAAGCAGCAAAAGGAAACUAUGGCCUCCUUGAUCUAAUUCAAGCUUUGCGAUGGACUAGUGAAAAUAUUGGGUUCUUUGGUGGUGACCCAUUAAGAAUAACUGUUUUUGGAUCUGGGGCAGGCGGUUCAUGCGUCAAUCUGUUGACUUUAUCCCAUUAUUCUGAAGGUAACCGUUGGAGCAAUUCAACCAAAGGACUUUUUCAAAGAGCAAUAGCUCAAAGUGGAACAGCUCUCUCCAGCUGGGCGGUUAGCUUUCAGCCCGCAAAAUACGCCAGGAUGUUGGCUACAAAAGUUGGUUGCAACAUGUCAGACACUGUAGCUGUGGAAUGUCUGCAGAAGAAGCCUUACAGAGAACUUGUCGACCAGGACAUCCAACCAGCAAGAUACCACAUAGCCUUUGGACCAGUCAUCGACGGCGACGUGAUACCAGACGACCCUCAGAUCCUGAUGGAGCAGGGAGAGUUCCUCAACUAUGACAUCAUGCUGGGAGUUAACCAAGGGGAAGGGCUGAAGUUUGUUGAAAACAUCGUGGACAGCGAAGACGGCAUAUCAGCCAGCGAUUUUGACUUUGCGGUUUCUAAUUUCGUCGAUAACUUAUACGGAUACCCCGAAGGCAAAGAUAUAUUGAGGGAAACUAUUAAAUUUAUGUACACAGACUGGGCAGACCGGCACAACCCCGAGACCAGAAGGAAAACACUGCUGGCUUUGUUCACUGAUCACCAGUGGGUUGCUCCAGCAGUGGCCACAGCUGAUCUUCACUCGAAUUUUGGAUCGCCUACGUACUUCUAUGCCUUCUACCAUCAUUGCCAGACAGAUCAGGUACCUGCAUGGGCAGAUGCAGCCCAUGGAGACGAGGUUCCUUACGUACUAGGAAUCCCCAUGAUUGGUCCUACUGAGUUAUUUCCUUGUAAUUUCUCCAAAAAUGAUGUCAUGCUAAGUGCAGUGGUGAUGACGUACUGGACAAACUUUGCAAAAACUGGUGACCCAAAUCAACCAGUGCCGCAAGACACAAAAUUCAUCCACACAAAACCAAAUCGUUUUGAAGAAGUAGCAUGGACCAGAUAUUCUCAGAAAGACCAACUGUAUCUUCACAUUGGAUUAAAACCACGAGUUAAAGAACACUAUAGGGCCAAUAAAGUGAACCUUUGGUUGGAACUGGUACCUCAUCUGCACAAUCUUAACGACAUUUCACAGUAUACCUCUACCACAACUAAAGUGCCAUCGACUGAUAAUACUUUCAGACCCACAAGGAAAAAUUCUGUUUCAGUUACUUCAGCCUUUCCUACAGCCAAACAAGACGAUCCCAAACAGCAGCCAAGCCCAUUUUCAGUGGAUCAAAGGGACUACUCAACAGAGUUGAGCGUUACUAUCGCAGUUGGCGCAUCUUUGCUGUUCCUGAACAUUUUGGCCUUUGCAGCGUUGUACUACAAAAAGGACAAGAGGAGACAUGAUGUCCACAGGAGAUGUAGCCCACAACGUACCACUACCAAUGAUCUCACCCAUGCACAAGAAGAGGAGAUAAUGUCCCUCCAAAUGAAGCACACUGACUUGGAUCAUGAAUGUGAGUCCAUCCAUCCACAUGAGGUGGUUCUCAGGACCGCCUGUCCCCCAGACUACACGCUAGCUAUGAGGAGGUCUCCUGAUGAUAUCCCCUUAAUGACACCCAACACCAUCACAAUGAUCCCCAACACUAUACCAGGGAUUCAGCCCCUACACACAUUCAACACAUUUACUGGAGGACAGAACAAUACUCUGCCCCAUCCUCAUCCCCACCCCCAUUCACACUCAACAACCAGGGUAUAGCCAGACAAGACGAAACAAACUUUUAUUUUUCGAUGGAUUACAGUAGGUGAUAUUACUGAAGAUUACUUGGCUUUCAACCUACAAGACUCUUACUAUUUAAAUAUGGAGGAAUAUUAUGUGAAUAUACAUAUCAAGAACAUUUGGGGUUUUGAAAAAAAAUGAAUUGUACAUAUAUCAAAUGAACUUAAGAAACAAACAAAACAAAAGAAAAAAAGAAACUAAAAACAAAAAACCCAACUGUUUGCAAUUGCUUGAAGCAGUUGUCCUGAAUGAUACUUUUUCAUUCACAUUCAAGUAUUAAUUUUUUGAAGAUUUAAGUUACGUAAUGGAAUUAGGCAUGUGCAACACAAACAGGAAAGAACUAUGACUGAAAAUUUUAAAAACCUAUAAAUAUGCACAAGGGACACACUAAUGGAAUGUCAGAUAAUUUUCACCAAUUUUUAUUUGGACCUGUUUUCUUGUGUAGACCAUAUUUACAUAUUUGAAUAAGUACACAAAGCACCAAUGCUGUUAAGGCCUUAGAAAGGGGCUCAUGCUGAAAUCUGCCAGUCAGAGAAGUUUUACAGCCUGGCAGGUACAACAUUAUCACAUAAGUGCUGUCAGUAUAAAAGUUGUGGGAAUAAAGGAAACUGGAUAUUUUUAGCACGAUGUGCAUGAUAAUUUAUAUGCUUGGUGGCUGUGCUGCUGAUUAAGCCGUAAUUAAAAUUCUUCUCAUCCCAUUGGAGUUUUUAAUAGAAGCUUUCUCCAUCAAUUGGCACAACCUAAAGAAGUUUUUUAAAGGGGCAAAAGUAAUCACAGUAAAAUAUUUCAUGGUAGCUUCUGAAAAAGAAGGGAUUGCAACAGUUCUUAAAGGUAUUGAUGGCAUUCUAGGUAAACAGUGGUGGACCCUCACUGAUAUGAAUCCCAGACAAAAAAUUGUAUACUAUUAAUGUUCUUUUUCCUUUCCACCUAAAUAAUUUCUGACUUUGAAAUAACUAUAACUUUAAUGGAAUCUCCUUUGAUGAAAGAUUUAUAAUUUGCUGUGAUUUAAUUUCAGAGUAUUUUGUUCAAAUUGAUGAGGUAAAGUGUGUCCAAAAAUUUAAUUGCAAUGACAUUUUGCCAUUUAAAAUUGCCCCAAUAUUUCCGCUCUGAUUACACCUUUCAGUUUAUUGUUUCAACUCAUGUUGCAUGUUAACAAAAUUUACUUAUAAUACUUUAAUAUAAUGUUAAUUCCCUUUUUGCUAUACAUUAGCUUUGUCAUUCCAAUUAAUUCUCUAGACCAGAUGGCAAGAGUGUAGAAAAAGAGGGUAUAUGAGAAAGGGGAGAGAGCCAACAACUGGAAAUUUAAAAAUCUGGAUACUACAUAUGUUUGUGUGAUUUGAAGUGAAUGUUCUAAAAUCACAAGAAAUUUUUCAUUCCCCUGUUGCUUUCCAGUAAUUCUAUACCAUGGUCCUUUCAAAACGUUUGUAUAUGUAAUCAGAUGUACAUUUAUAUAAAAGAAAUAAUUGAGAUGGACUUAAGAGCACAUCCCUGAUAAAUACUUUCUCUCUUACCUGUACUAUAUUUCUAUUAGACUAAAGUUAUGUGAUUUUUUUUUACAUUUUUUCAAAUUACUAGCAAUUUUGAUAGUUUGUAAGAUAAUGCGAAGAACUUUCUCUGACAAACUAACUGCAGUAACAGAAACAUUUCUUUUCAGUUACUCUUUUUCAAGAAUGAAAGCUUAUUACACACAAAAAUUGUAUACUACUUGAUGGAAAAUUACUUUGUAUUUCUUGGCCAUAUUACUGGUCACUGAGUGAAAUAAAGAUAAUCUGGAUAACGAAUAUUAUUCCAAUGUUAAGAGACCUGAUCUUUGCUCAUUAAAGAGCUAAAAUGUU